CUGUUUUGUUAUUGGGUUGUCAUAAUGAUCUACAUUGGGUUACGUUACGACCAUUACUAGAAAAAUUAAUAUUUCAAUUUGUUGAAUAUGAUAAUUAAAAGCCUGUUGGUACAUGAAAUAUUUAACUAAACUUUAUGUACUUUAUGAUAGAAACCGGUAUUGUAUUUAAUUAUAAUGGGUGUUAAAGAACUUUGGUCUAUUAUUUCUCCAAUAUCUGAAAAAAAAUCCCUUUGGGAGCUGGAAAACAAAGUGAUAGCAAUUGACCUUAGUGCUUGGAUAUGUGAUUCUCAAUCACUUCACACACCUCAAAUUAAUAUGUACUUAAGGAAUCUGUUUUUCCGUUCAUCGUAUUUACUCCUGCUAGGGGUAAAACCUGUUUUUGUUUUAGAAGGGGUAGCACCUACAAUAAAAUCAAAUACUAUUCAACAAAGACUGAAAAAUAAAAAUCAAAAAAUCAACAUAGUUCCUGAAAAGAAAGUUUCUCGUUCUCGACUUUCAAGUUUACAAAAACAAUGUGUUGAUCUUCUUUCAUCUCUAGGUCUUCAAUGUAUACAAGGGCCAGGAGAAGCUGAAGCAUAUUGCGCUCAUCUCAAUCGGUUAGGGAUUGUUGAUGGCAUAAUAACGCAAGAUAGUGAUGUUUUUCUGUAUGGAGCUCGUGAAGUUUUUAGAAAUUUCCAAAUGUCCCCUCAUUAUUCAUGUGACAGCUAUUCGAUGGAAGUAAUUGAGACAAAAUUAGGACUAACAAGAACUAAAUUAGUUGGAUAUUCUCUUUUAGUUGGCUCUGAUUAUAAUAAUGGCAUUCAAAAUUUGGGGAAACAAGCAGCUAUUAAAUUUCUACUUACUGUUCCAGAUGACAAAAUUAUACAAAGAUUUGUGGAAUGGAGAAAUGAUUCUUUCUUUAAGUACUUCGAAGAAAACAAAUUUAUUGGAAGUGAUUUCACUUUGGAAAUGAAAAUAAGAGAGAAGUGUAUUCAAGAUGGAAGUUUUCCAGAUCUAGAAGUUGUAACAGAAUAUAUGAAAGAACCACCUGACAUUGAGUUCAUUUAUAAAUGGUCAAAACCUGAUAUUGGAAAAUUUGUUGGAAUUGCAGUUAAAAAGCUUAAUUGGGAAGAAGAUUAUGCCAUACAAAAGUUUGUUCCGCUGCUUGCUAGAUGGCAUUUACUUAAUCCAUCGAUCGAGAGUGAUCUCAAGAUAACAUCUAUUAUAGGAGUGCCUGUUGGAAAAAACUCUUUUUGCUACAGAGUAAGGUGGAAUAUGUACGAUUUGGUUACAAUUGAACCUAAGACUUUAGUUUCUAAAGCUUAUCAAGAAUUAAUUGAGGAAUUUGAAGCUUCAAAGAAAUCUAAGAAAACAAAGAAAAAAAAUGUGAACAAAAACAAGGAUGAAAAGUUAUUAGCAUUGGAAGUAUUAGAACCUGCUGCAAAACACAAUGUUAUUAAUGAUGAUGUCGAUGAAUUUGACCUGUCAUUGGUAGCUGAAACCAUAAAAGAUGAUAAAAAACGCAGAAGGAAACACCUUGAUCCAAAAAGAUAUACAGAAAGUCAAGAAUUUCAGGCUGGGCCAAGUACCAGCAGUUCAGCCAACAAUGGAAAUGAAGAUGAUGAAUUUAACCUAUCAUUAAUUAUUCAAAAUAUUGUAGCAAGACCCCAAUCGAACCCUGCAUUAUUACAUUUAUCAUGACAGCAUAUUUCAAAUGUGAUUUUGCUUUGUAUUGUUCUGUAUUUAACAUCAUGCUAUUAUUUCAUAGCUUUAAAUUAAUUGUAUUGUUUCAAUACAAUUAUAAUAGACUCCCUUAUCCAGCAUUCUUGGUAGGAAGAAAAUUCAUAUCUAAUGUUUUUAAAUUUUAUCAACAAUCAUGUUUUAUUGAUAAUUUAAAAUAUGAUUUAAUAUAUUUUUCUUAACAACCUAAAAAUUAUUUACAAUUAAAUAAAUUUAUUUAAUGGAAACAUAUAUUAUUACUAAUCCGUAGAGGUGGUUAAUGGUACUAUUUUAAUGGUGUUUGUAGUUAAGCGAAUAGUAAUUUUAUCACUCCUACUUUAAUAAAUGUAAAAAAAGUGAAUAGCAAUGAAUGAAAAAAUUUGCAUUUUUGGAAUUAAUUACUUGUAAUAUUUUAUGAACACAAAUCUUAGACUCAGAGAAGUUAAAAGUCAAACUUGUAGCUGUUAUGACAUAAACAUAAUUUAACAUGAUGGCGACCAUUCCAG